AUGGCCUUGCUGCCAGCGCACCCGCCCCAGGUGGAUGACGAUACAGAUGAGGAGCUCACCGAUGAACAGGUCCGGGCGCUCCUUACCGAGGCUGCUGAACGCAUGCGCGCGAAAGCUGCCCAGCCCGCCAACGAUGCUCCAUUCAAGCUUCCCAAGCUGAACCCCGGUCGCAUUGCAGAUACCUAUUCAACGACACAAGGCGCCAUCACCAAGCUGGAUGCAUCCAAACUUGUUCCAAAGAAGGAACAGGCGCUCGCAAACGGUAUCAAGAAGAUUGAAGACCCCGUGCAGCUCAGGAAGCAGAAGAAAGAGGAGAAGAAGGCUACCGCUGGCUCUGACUGGUUCAAUCUGCCACGCACCGAGAUGACACCCGAGCUGCGUCGCGACCUGCAGCUUCUCAAGAUGCGCAAUGUCCUGGACCCCAAGCGCCACUAUAAGAAGUCUGAUUCAAAGUCCGAUGUCCCCGCCUUUAGCCAAGUCGGUACAAUUAUCGAAGGGCCGACGGAGUUCUACAGCGGCCGCAUCAAUAAAAAGGACCGCCACCGGACACUGGUCGAGGAAGUGCUCGCUCAGGAAGAGCAGUCGGGCAAGUUCAAGAAUAAGUACGAAAACAUCAUCAUGUCGAAGACUAGUGGCAAGAAGGCCUUCUACAAGGCACUGCAAGAAAAGCGACGUAAGGGAAAGAUUAUCAAGCCUUGA